AUGGUCAAUGGCAAGCCGUUUGACCCAGUCAGACAAAGGUUCUCAGAGGAGGCCCUCAGAUGCUGUUACCCACUUAUGGUGGACCCCAAGGCAUUAAGGGGAGAUCCGCUGGGGGAGGCAGAGAAUCCAGCAGCCUAUCUGGAGAACCAGCUGAAAAAGUGGAGACUGGUACAUGAUCUGCGAGCGGUAAAUGAGGUGGUGAGAGAUUGGCCAGUGGUAGUCCAAAAUCCACAUACACUGCUGACUAAUGUUUCAACAGAGGUAGCUCACUUUUCAGUAGUAGAUCUUUGUUUGGUGUUUUUCAAUGUGCCCUUAGCAGAGCAAGUGCGACAUCCGAGCCCGGCGCGCGUCACUGAGCCUGUCCAACGUCACAGGGCUCGGGCCGGGGAGCCGGCCGACGUCACAGGGCUCGGGCCGGGGAGCCGGCCGACGUCACAGGGCUCGGGCCGGGGAACCCCAGAGUGGAACGUGGGCCCGGCCGACGUCUGCCGGGCUGGAGCUACGCGACCCCAGGGUGGGGGAAUAAACAAAGGCUCUGCCUCCUCGAUGCUCGCCCGCUCCUACUUAGUCAGUCUCUUUGCAAAAUGCCGGAGGGUGGACUUGGACGCCAGCAGAACUCCGAAGCGUUUUUCCAACCCGUUGCUGCUGGGGGACAGCUGGAGAAAGUGGCCGGGUUGUACGUGUUCCAUUGCACUCGUAGCUCCGGGCUGCUUGAGUUUGCACCUGACUCCCGGACGCUCUGCAAUAAAUUUGCCAGAUUUAGAAGGUGAAAGGUCAGCACACUUGGAACCCACAGCCAAACGUUGUGGUGAAAACUUACACUCCGAGGGUGCAUUAUCUCAUCGUGUCACAAGAACGGAAUCCCUCAGUAAAGGCAAGUGUUUCAAAUCCACGAAAUAUUUAGAAAGUACCAUUCAUUUUGAUUAUUUAAUCUUUUUAGGACAUAAUUCUGUUCUACUUAAAAGGGAGUUUUUACCACUUGUUUUUAUACUACGUGAAACAGAGGUUGGGAGCUCUGCAACAGACUUGUCUUCACUUUCUGUUGGAAGCAUGGAAGCAGUGCGAGCAGAGACUUUGGAAGAAGAUAACUGUAGCAUGAACAUCGAAUGCAAUCAACAAAGUAUUGAGAAACUUUUGUCAGUGAUAACCCCUUACUCAAAUAUCGCCUGCGGAAAGGAUUCGCCAGCUAACACGGAAAGCUUCUUAUCGAAUGAAAAUACUGCAGAGCUUCUGAGAAAUGAUGGUCUUAAAGGGCCACAAGAGGCAGCAAAUGCUAAAAGGAAGAGACCAAAAUGGCGAAAGAGGAAGAAAACCCGAUCUGCUGCAGAGAAAGAAGUCCAUAGUCUUCUUGCAGAGCUCCCAUUUCCGGACGCAAAGAUCAGGGAAGAAUAUGGAUUCUCUAAAUCCCCUGCAAAGAAUUCAAAGAAAACGAGAAAGCGUACUUUAGGUGGGGAGAACGAUGAUGACACAGGGCAAAUAAAGAAAAAAAAGGCGCGUCCAAACUAUUUUGUAUCUAUACCAAUAACCAACCCAAAGAUUAUAGGUGGCAUCAAGGCUGUGCAAGACCUUGUGGUCCAAACAGAUGAAAGGCUAUCUAAGGCUAUGAUACCGAUCUCCUGUCUUCAUAUCACGGUUCUUGUGACAUACUUGGCAAGUGACGUGGAGGUGAACAAAGCAGUGAGUACAAUUGAAGAAUGCACGAAGCCUGUGCAGGAAAUCCUCCUGGGAGCACAGUUGGCAUUGGGAUUUCACGGGAUUGCAGAUUUCAGAGGAGAAGUGGUAUUUGCACAGUUAGUGCAAAAUGAACAGCUGACCACUUUGGUCCAUAUUGUUGAGACUGUAAGGAAAAGAUUCCAAGCAAAUGGCAUUUUGAUUGGAGAGAGCAGAGCUUUUAAACCUCACUUAACCUUUAUGAAAUUAUCAAGGGCACCAAAGCUACAUCACCAGGGAAUUAAGAAGAUUUCUUCAGAACUAUAUAAAAAUCUAAAAAAUCAUUAUUUUGGUGAUGAGGUUGUGACUUGCCUACAUCUUUGCUCCAUGUUAAAGAAAAAGCAACCAAAUGGCUACUAUCACUGCGAGACCUCACUUGCUGUGGGAAGAAAGCGUGAUUCAGACAUAAUUAGGAAUGCUCUGCAGAAAGAAACCAAAGCAGUACAGUGCAAACUUAAUCAGAUAAAAGAACUAUUGUCGCAUCCAGGGACACAAAUGAGAAUACAGAGGGAGAUGGCUGUAAAAAGCAUUGCACUGAAGCAAUGAUCAGGAGGAUCUGUCAACAUUGAUUCUUAUGACUUGUCAAAUGAAAACAAAGUACAGUAAUAAAAUCUCUGAGGAAAUGAGAAUUGAGGUCACCUAAAUUCAACAAGUUUCUUAUAAUUAUUUUGUACAUCAGCUAUUUCAGUUGGAAAGUAUAAAGUUCAGUAUUACUUUAUUGAAAUUCAAUCAACAUGUAAUGUUGUAGCUCUGAAUCCAUUUUUAUAGCAUUUAUAUAAUAUAUAGAUAUAUGAAAUGUAUAUCUAUCUACUUAUAUACUGAUUGAAUUUUCCAAAUAUUAUUAACUUGAAUGCAUCCAUUCCCGCUGGCGAACAGGCAGCAAUUAGUUUACUGCUGUCAAUGAAAGAUUGAACUGUCAACUGAGGAAGGCAGCAUUUAGUUGAAUUGACUAAAUAAAUUAGACCUACACAGGUAUUUGGGAAGAAAUGUUUGAAAGAGUAUUUAUUUAAUUUGCAUUUGCUUUAAACUAAUUUGCAUUGCUAAAUUAGAUUGGAUGUGGAUUAAAUGAAUAGGUCUGAAAUCUUCAACUCAUCAUAUAAAAUUUGUCAAGCACACAGUCUAUUAAGUUUCCAGCAAUGAGUCACAAAUUAUUUUUACCACUCAAGACUGAAACACAUUAUUUGCUUCAUUUGUAUUUGUGCAGUUGAUAUUCUCGUAACAUCCAUGAACUAUUCAAGAAACUAUGGGCUAAGCUGGAACGAAGCAACUGUUUCAAGACCCAAUGCAAUUACCAAAUCCAAAAUUGACAACUAACUUCUGAGAUUCCAUUAGAAUCGAUUUUCAUUCAUUGGGGGGGGGGGGGGGGGGGGGGGGGGGGGGGGGAGGUAUUUGAACAUUUAAAUAAUCCCUUCACAAAAAUCAUAAAUUUUAAUUGCAGCAUGCUUUAUCCCAUGUUACCAUUGAUUUUGUUAUUCACGACAGUAAUUAUUUUCGAUUACAUGGUGUGAAUUUUUGCAUAUUGAUUUUAAACAUCUAUACAUAUGGAUUGAUCCACAGUAAAAUCGCCAUUAGCCAAAGUCACUAUGUUGCUAAUUAAAAGAAGAUAGGAUUAAACUGCCGUUUGAAUUUAAGCAAAUAUGUAUCCCAAUGAGCCUUUGCAGAUCAAUUGCAUUUGUAAGGAGCAGCAGUGCAUGAGGGUGCAUUUUAUGCUCAGAGCUUCAGGAAAGAAUUUUAUAUGCUAUUACUGAUAUUACUUUGGGAAUAGUAAACAAUUCACAUAUAUGAUUUAUCACAUUGAUUAAAGCACUGUGAUUCAUUUAUUUUCACUACAAGCACUUUCCUACUUUAAAGUCAAUUUGCUUAAGGCAAGGCUUAAAGAGCCUGGCAAAGAUGCAUAAAUCAACUGGUUUAUGGGAUCUCUUGACAGCUAUGAAUGCGUAGACACUGGUCAAAGCAGGCCAGCUGAACAUUUCAGCAUGGGGAGUGGCACUAAACCAACACCUGUUUGGAUUAAAUGCACGACAGAUUUUCUUAGAUGUGAAGAGGAUUUUUGCGUUAAUAAAAUCAUUAUUUAAUAAUGUUCUUAAGUAUUUUUGUUCUCUUUUUUGUGGUUUUGUUACUGUUGAGUUCAUAACAUUUGUUUUCAAAUUAUAUCACUAAAUAACUUAUUUUGUGUUACAUUGGGUCAAAUUCUUUCAACCAGAUUAAAGUUAUAUGUUGUUAGAAGUUUAUGAUGUGAUUAUUGAUGUGAGCUAAUGGUUUUUCAAGUAUGAUUGCGAGUUAACUUAAAAUAAAAAUUAUUAUGAUUCUAUUUAUUAUUUGGUUUUCAAGUCAUUUGCUAAAUUUUCACAAAAUGUGCCUGAAUAAUCUUUAUGCAAGUUAUGCAAGAUAUUUUAUUUGUUUUCAAAUUUAAGUGGAUAGUCACUGAUAGGUUAUUUUAUGGAAAAUGUUUUAAUAUGCUUACAAAGUUGAUUCUACAACUUUUGAUCUUGAGAUGAUAAUUGCAAUGCAUUGUCCAAUAGUGCAUUAUUUAGUUUACUUUUUGGCUGCCCAUCCCCACGUGAAUAACAUGUGUGCAUUUUCAUUCGUUUUAUAUUGCUUUCUUUGUGAUACGUGUAAUUGCUACGCUCAAAACAUUCCUCUUUAAGAUUAAAUGUGCAGAUUGAAAAUACAAAAU